GUUUCCGCUCUCCCAGGGCCUAGCGGCUCCUCCCACUCCACCCGUACCCACGCGCAUUCCAGGAUGAAGGGCCUGAAGGUCCUGGCACUGUGGGAUAAGUGAUGGGGACGUCUCUCUACAGAUCCCUUCUGCUCAGCACCGGGGGCUUCACCGUGUCUGACUACGUCCAGAAGUUUACGAUAAAUGACAGCUCAGAGGAUAAAACUGUGAAGCCUAAAUUGACCGUCCGGCAUCGAGGCAACCAAGUCCAAGCUGAAGGCAGUCAGUCAGGAGCUGCUAAAGAUGGAAGUGGCGCUGUGGCUGUCUCCAGGGAGACAGUGAAGAGUGCGGUAUGUGGCAAAAAAUCCUCAUGUCCCAGUAGGCCGGGCCCCGGCUCCACUCAGGUGGGCCGGAAGCUCCCCUGCCAUGGAGACCGGGGAAAUAGCGCCCCCCGGAGGCCCAGAGGGGUCACUCUCUGGAGCAGGGAGUCCACUCGAACCCAAACUUUCGAGAGAGACGGCGGGCUGGGUGCCGAGGCUCCAGGUGAGGUGUCGUCGGUGCCAUUUCGGGAGGGAGGCGAUGACAGGGGCUUGGCAGCCGCGAGGGCGGAGGGCACUGACCUGGUGAUGACUGAUGUGCAGCCACAGGAAGCUGUGGCUGGGGCAGAAAGUGUUUCUGACAGGAUUAAGAUUGCACCAUUCGUCCAAAAGCCUGUCACCAAGGAAACUCAGCCAGGCACAUGUACAGAGUGGCAGAAGGAGGGAGAACAACAAACAUCCCCUGCAAAGGCUUCACUCUGCUCCAAGAAUGAAGUGACCUCCUCUAAUGAGGAUGUUGUCACAGCAACAGAGCAGAAUGAGAACAGGGCCGUGAAACCUGACUCAAAACACAAGGCCCAACAUGUUUGGGGUCUCUCUCCGAGCAAGCCGGUUCUGUCUAGGCCCCCGGAGAUGAUCCACUCCAAAUUGGGAAGGCUUGGGGGAACCUGUGAGGCAAACAGAGGUUUUGAGAGACAAACAGACACUGCAAGGGGCACCUCAGCCAGCGGAAAUGCUUCAGCCCCUGGGGUCCUGGGGACAAAUUCAGAGGGAAUGCUACAGGUCAUUGACGACUGUCCCCCUUUGCCUGCUCCCUUUGAGCACCGAAUCGUUAGCGCGAAGCAGGUACCCAUGAGCACUUAUUACACCAUCAAGCCCCACGAAGUGCUGGGAGGUGGACGCUUUGGCCAGGUCCACAAGUGUACAGAGCGAACGUCAGGGCUGACUCUGGCAGCAAAGAUCAUUAAAGUGAAAGGGAUGAAGGACAGGGAUGAAGUCAAGAAUGAGAUCUGCGUCAUGAACCAAUUAGACCACGUCAACCUGAUUCAGCUCUAUGACGCCUUUGAGUCACGCACCAACCUGACACUUGUUAUGGAGUAUGUGGAGGGGGGCGAGCUGUUUGACCGAAUUGUCGAUGAUAAUUACCAGCUGACAGAACUGGACACCAUUGUAUUCAUGCGACAGAUCUGUGAGGGUGUGCAUUACCUCCACCAGCAGUACAUUCUCCACCUAGACCUCAAGCCAGAAAAUAUUUUGUGUGUGAGCACUACUGGCAACCAGAUCAAGAUAAUUGACUUUGGAUUGGCCCGAAAGUACCGGCCACGAGAGAAGCUGAAAGUGAACUUUGGGACCCCUGAAUUUCUGGCCCCUGAAGUGGUCAACUAUGAGUUUGUUUCAUUCCCGACAGACAUGUGGAGUGUAGGAGUUAUUACAUACAUGCUUCUUAGCGGUUUGUCCCCUUUCCUUGGGGACAAUGACACUGAAACGAUGAAUAACAUCCUGCACUCCAACUGGGACUUUGAUGCAGACGCCUUUGAGAAUGUCUCUGAGGAGGCCAAAGACUUUGUCUCCAGGCUGCUGAUCCCUGAGAAAUGCAGCCGCCUGAGUGCAUCAGGCUGCCUGAAGCAUAGCUGGCUGAAUCACCUGGAAGAGAAGGCCAAAAUGCAGCGGGUCCAGCUCAAGUCUCAACUCCGCCUCCAGCGCUACCUGGCCGCUCACAGGCAGUGGAAGAAGCAUUUUCAUGUGGUCGCUGCGGCAAACAGGCUGAGGAGGUUCUGGGAGAGGCAUUCAACUUCAACCAACCAAGCGUAGGACCAAGGAGGGCCCCUCAUACAGAACACGACUGAACCGUUAUGCCAAUGGCACCCCUGCCGUGUCACUAUGGCAACGCUUCUUGACUGAGAGCGUUACUUUUUCUAGCUGGGUACGGAAGCCAUUCUUAAAAUUCUAAAAUCAACUUUCUAAAAGAAAAGGAAAAUUAUACACAAAACAUUUUUGUGUUCUGUUCAUGUAACAGGUUAUGUUCAGAGUACUUUCCUUUUACUGAGCUACAUAGUAUCGUGCUCUUUCUUAUGCUGAUUUGUUGGAUAUUGUUGUGUAGAAUGCUGUCAUAUAAGCUUUAAUGCUUAAUUUAUUUUUUCAAAAAAUUCUCCAUACUAAAUCUUAAUGUGGUGCAUACAUAUGGUUAAGUUUCAGUGGGGACACAUGCACACCCACGUUUUUUGCAGUUAAGUUCCUGUAUUAAGUAUGCAUGCUUUUCUCCACGAGAUGGAAUACAUCAGUUCAGUAGAUACAUCAGAUUUGUUACAACUGAGCACUGAUCACAGGAAUUUGAUCAUCAUGGCAGACACUGUACCACAAUGUCAGGUAGCCUAUCUAAACAGUAGACUUUUUUAUUUCUCCUUCUGUGAAGGCUGAUUUACCUUAGCUGCAGCAUAUUCUGGAGAAAUGUUUUUCUGGUGAAUUUGCUUGUGUAAGCACAUGCACUUUUUAAAGUAUCGGGUUGUUCUGCUGAAAGAACAACUACAUAGAAUAUUUUGCUAGGGAACUGGUAUCCAGUGCUGUGAUGCAACGCACCACCCAAAAACGUCACUGCCAGGACUUACUGAGUUCAGGAGGCCGAACGUAACCAUGGCAGCGCUGUUAAGACUCUAGCUAAGCAAAGCAUGUUCCAGUUAUCACUAUAUUCUUCACCUCACUGCACAAUGGAAUCUCCUCUUCAACACAUCUGUUGUAUUUCUGCAUUUAUGUACAUUAAGCCCCCUACUGCAAGGUGCAAAAUAGUCAAUAUGAUAUAGCGGCAACUGUGCUAAUUUAGCUACAAUAUACAAUUAUAGGAUAUAUAAUUUAGCUGUACCAUAUAGCAAAGUGUGUGAAUUUCAUAGGCCGUAUGCAUUAAAACCAGAAAUUAAAACCGUAUGCAUUAAAACCAAAAAAAGCCAUGUUAAGCAUCUCCAGCUAAAACACAUUGCCAUGCUCUUGUUUAGAAUGAUAAUGCUUCACAUGUGUUUUGGGUGCAGUGUUUUUAUGAAGUGCCCUUUCCCAUGGAUUCCAUGUUGAUGCACAUUUGCUCUGGCAUUAAAACGCUAAUGUUUCUACUGUAAACUGCACUGAAACCAUGACAAAAUAUGCAAAUUAAUGAAUGUUUUAAAUUCUUGCAUUGUUAAGUAUAAUAUCCUUCCCCCGCUUUUCGACAUUUCAUUUUCACGCUCAGGAGCAGAACACGUUCCACAAACUUUACCACAAACUACGUUCAUGACACAAAAACAUGAUGACUGAUGACUCCUGAGGGGAGGGAGAGGAAAAAAAAUCCAUAUCCAUAUCCAUAUAAGGACUUCGAACAGCCCCUCUUGCACACUUCGACAAGAAAAUCUGCAACUCAUUCUUUAAACUUAAAAAAAAAACAAAUUGUUUAUUUCAAGCAUUUCAAAACUAAGGACAUCAAAUGUUUCCCUGAAAAAUCAAUGAACAAAUAUUUUUCCCAAGACCUACUAAGAUGCCAUUACCUCAAAUGCUGAAUGGAAAGCUAACAAAUCUGAUUGAGACCUAGCACAUCAUUCAAAAGCUGGAUGUGAGCUUUUAUUAAAAAAAAAAAAAAAA